CGACGAAAAUUUCCAGCGCAAGCUUUCAAUGCUCUCGUGAUGAAUUGCUGUUGCGUGACUAGGAGGUUUCUCAAUUGUCGCCAUGGCGUUAUUGAAUGAUCAUACUUGUGCUUCUGCACGAGGCCUGUUGUCUCUUCCAAGUUUCUUAGAGAGAGCCUAGGUUUUAUUUUUUAUGUAAUUUUUUAUUUUUUUGGUCUGUCAUUUUGGUCUGUUUUUUAUUGUUUAUUUGGUGACAUUUCUUUUUGAGAAACUUAGGUUGUUUUUGAAGUGUGUAGAGGGAGUCAUUGCAUCCUGCCGUAGAUGGCUGUAAUUGGAAGAGGACAGGGUGAGGCAAUUUUUUGCAGAAUUUUGUGUCGCUAUGAGUUGAAUACGUCGAAGUGGAUGUUCGUGCGAUGAAUUGAGAGCCAUUUGGAGCUGCGGCUACAAAUUCUACGCCCUUUUGUGUCGGGUCGAGCGGGUACGAUGUCGUCGGAUCGCAAGCGGCCAAUUCCGUUGGAUUCACGAAGUUCGAAGCGGGCGAGGACGAGCGCUAUCAGAGCUGGAGAUGAGUUCCUUCCUGGGAACAUCACAGAAAUUGAGGUUCACAAUUUCAUGACAUAUACGUAUUUGAAAUCAAAACCAGGGGCGCGUUUGAAUCUUGUCAUAGGUCCCAAUGGCACAGGCAAAAGUUCUCUGGUCUGUGCAAUUGGUAUCGGUCUCGCUGGAGAACCUUCGCUGCUUGGCCGUGCUACAAGUAUUGGGGAUUAUGUGAAGCGAGGAGAGGUGUCAGGGUCGAUUAAAAUUACCUUGCAGGAUCAGAAUCCUGAUAAAAAGAUCUCCAUCACUCGCAAAAUCAACAAACAAAACAAGUCUGAAUGGCUUCUUGAAGAGAAUAAGAGCAUCCACUCGGUCACAAAGAAAGAAAUUCAGGAGGUUGUUGCUAGAUUCAACAUUCAAGUCAACAAUCUUACUCAGUUUCUUCCUCAGGACAGGGUGUGUGAAUUUGCUAAGAUGACCCCCAUUCAACUUUUGGAGGAAACUGAGAAAGCAGUUGGAGAUCCGGAAUUGUCGACACAACAUCUGACUCUUAUUAAGAAAAAUGCUGACUUGAAAAAAAUUGAGACAAGUUUGAAACAGCGCGAAUCAGUUUUGGCCAAUCUGAAAGCAAAUAACGCAGACUUGGAGAAGGACGUGCGACGCCUUCAAGAGCGCAAAAGCUUAUUGGAAAAAGCUGAGAACCUCAAGAAAAAGCUACCUUGGUUGAAGUACGAGCAGAAGAAAGCGCUUUUAUUGGAGGCAAAAGACAAGGAGCGAAACGCCAAGCGUCUGCUUAAUGAAGCAGCUGAGACAACAAAUCGUCUAAAGAAACCAGCGGAGGAAUGGAGGAAGAAGAGGUCUGAUAUUGAAUCAACCAUAAGGAAGUUACAACAACAACAUGAUCGAUUGGAGUCUCAUAGACGGCAGAUGAUAGAGAAUGAGAGUAAAAUGGGAGAACAAGUUCGAGCGAAGAAUAGGGAAAUUGUGGAAGUUAACAAAAGAGAGAGCAUUCGGAAAGAAAAAAUUGUUGCAGCUACCAGAGACCUUGCAACUGCUGAAGCAGAGCUAGCUGAUCUGCCUGAUUAUGAACCUCCAAAACAAGAACUCCAAGAAAUCGGGAACCGAAUCCGGGAGUUUGAACUUGGGAUGAUAGAGAGGAAGAAUCAGAGAGGGGAAAAACAACAACUUUACUCUCAGAAACAACAACAACGUGAUCAAAUUACUCGCAGAAUAGCAGAAAUAGACAAUGUAAAGAACCGUCUUCUCCAAGCUUUAAAAGAUUCUGGUGCUCGAGGGGUGGUUGAUGCUCACAAUUGGGUCCAGAGUCAUCGCAACGAAUUCCAAAAUGACGUUUAUGGCCCUGUUCUACUUGAGAUAAAUAUAGCAAACAUGGAGCAUGCAAAGUACGUGGAAAAUCAUGUUCCUAGAUACAUUUGGAAGGCAUUUAUAUCUCAAGAUGAUCGUGAUAGAGAUUACCUUCAAAAGAAUCUCGAGGGUAUGGAGGUUCCUAUUAUCAAUGCAAAAGAUCUCAGUCAACGUAAUGCACCUGCUGUUACACCCCAGAUGCAAGAAAUGGGUAUUACCGCACGGCUUGAUGAGGUUGUAUCUGCUCCCCCAGUUAUCAAGCAUGUUCUCAAUGGACAGGCUGCUCUUGACUAUUCUUUCAUUGGAACGUCACAAGCGAAUGCCAGAGCAGACGAAGCAAAUGCCUUGGGAGUGAACGAUUUGUGGACUCCUGAGAAUCACUAUCGAUGGAAUAGAUCUUUGUAUGGGUCUCAAGUUUCUGCAAGUGUCACUGCAGUUCGGGCAAGUCGGUUGUUUUCACAAAAUAUUGACACGAGGAAAAAGAAUGAUCUCGAGAGCCAGCUAGAAGUUGUUGAAAAAGAACUUGAACAACUUGGGCAGGAGGGUCGAAAGAUCGAUAGCGACAUUCGUACUCUUGAAGAUGAAGCUGCAGCUCUUCACAAGCAGCGGGAGGAGAUCUUCAACAAAAUGAAGCUGGAGAAAAAGAAGCGUGCUGACAUGACUUCUCGAAUAGACCAGCGGAGAAGGAAAUUGGAGUCCAUUCACGCGGAGGACUGCAAAAGUGCUGAAGAGAAACUACGUGCGGAAAUCACUAAAUUAAACCAGGAGCGAAAGAAGAAUGUGUUGAAGUUAAAGGACGUUGUAAAGGAGUAUGCAAAAAAUCAAAUUCAACUUAUAUUUGAACAGCUCGCUUCAGCCGAAAUAGACCUGAAGGUUAGGGAACAGGAAAGGGAACUCAAGAGUCACGAACAGCUUGCUUUACAGUAUCAGAGGGAAUAUGACGACAGUAAAAUGGAAACAGGAAGGUGUCGACAACAAUUGGAAAACGCCAAAAGAGCUGCAGAGCAAGUCGCUGCAAUCACGAAUGAGCUUCAAAACAUGUUUAGAGAGAUGCCUGACACAGUAGAAGACCUUGAAUACUUAAUCAGUGACACAUUAGCUGAGGCAAAUGCUGUGCUCUGUAACAAUCCGGGUGUUCUCGAGGAAUAUGAGAGGCGGUGCAAGCAGAUUGAAAAUUUGGAAGAUGAUUUAGGCACUGAAAGGGCACAACUUCAAGAUUGCUUAUCAGAAAUUGACUCCGUCAAGGCCAAGUGGCUCCCAACACUUCGCACCCUCGUAACCAAGAUCAAUGAUACUUUUGGCCAUAACUUCAGGGAAAUGGCCGUUGCAGGGGAGGUCUCACUGGAUGAGCAUGGCACUGACUUCGACAAGUAUGGCAUUCUAAUCAAAGUAAAAUUCAGGGAGACGGGAGAGCUGCAGGUGCUAAGUGCUCACCACCAAUCCGGAGGGGAACGCUCAGUAUCGACAAUACUGUACCUCGUCUCCCUUCAAGAUCUGACACACUGCCCCUUUCGUGUGGUGGAUGAGAUCAAUCAGGGUAUGGACCCACAAAACGAACGAAAGAUGUUUCAACAGCUUGUGAGGGCUGCCAGUCAGAUGAACACUCCGCAAUGCUUUCUCUUGACCCCGAAGCUUCUCCCGAACUUGGAGUAUACUGACGCCUGCACUAUUCUGAACAUCAUGAAUGGUCCUUACAUAGAUGAGGCUGCCAGAAAGUGGGAAGAUGGACCUUCGUGGGGGAAGAUCACUGAAUCGGUGGCGUCACACUAGUUGCUUUUGUUCCCCGCAUUUUAUUGAUGGGCUUUAUGUGAGUGCGGUAAACGUUUUGUAACUUCCUCAGAGCUGACGUAAACUUCCCUCAACACCAUUUCAUACUUUCUUGAGAGCAAAAUAUGUUGUCAUGAUAUUGACACUUUGAUAUCGUUUUUUGUGAAUCUACCUGUAGGGUAAAACAUGAAGGAUUUGGACGCCUUGAUACAAAUCCCAUUUAUGAAUGCAGGAUUAGUGCUUGGCCUUGUCGUUUCUAUUCUCGGAAGAGUUUACAUUAAACAUAUUUAACUGGAUCAUUACACUACUUGCCAAUUGUUGAAAACCGAAUUUUACCA